GACGGCGGUUCAAUCUCUCACUCACUGACUCCGUGAUUCUGCUUUCCAGGGUUUCUCCUAUGAGAGUUAAGUAGUGAACCCCAAUCAAGGAAAAUCAUUUGUUACCCCGGUUACUCAAUUUGAAACCACCGCCUUGGGGCAGACGUCAAGCUGGCGACCGGAGCAGGAAAGAAGGAGGAAGAGGAGGAGCAGCAGUGAAGGAGGAAGAGGAGGAACAGCCUGCAGCGAUGAAGGAGGAAGAGGAGGAACAGCCUGCAGCGAUGAAGGAGGAAGAGGAUGAGGAGCCUACAGCAGUGAAGGAGGAAGAGGAGGAGGAGGAGUAUGUGGUGGAGAAGGUUUUGGACCGCAGAGUGGUGAAGGGAAGAGUAGAGUUUCUGCUGAAAUGGAAGGGGUUCUCAGAUGAGGAUAACACAUGGGAGCCACAAGACAACCUGGACCUGGACCUUAUCACCGAGUACAUGCAGAGACACAAGGAGGAGGAGGAGGAGAAGAAGAAGAAGGAGGGCAAGAGGAAAGGUGUCAGGGAGGCCUCAGGAGACUCAGAGGAGCAAGGCAGCAAAGGGAAGAAGGAGGAGGUGAGUGAAGGAAAGAGGUUACUCCAGACUUAAGAGACCAGGAAUAUAAUCUCAAUAUUAA